AGUGCCUUCCCCGUGCACGAUUGCAUUGUUAUUAUUGAUAGAAAUCGACAAAGUAAAAAACCAAAGGUUUGAUUUAGAGACAUUUCUAUUCUUCUGUAGGAAAGUAAGUUUAUUUGAUAGAAAUCGACAAAGUAAAAAACCAAAGCAUUUGAUUUAGAGAUAUAUCUAUUCUGCUGUUCAGCGAUGGAGUCGCAAAUAUGCCGUGCAUGCCUCGGGACUUCCGAAAAUAUGAUCAACAUUUUCGAAGAGACUAACACCCAAGGAGUUUCCAUUGCAAAUAUGAUUACUGAGUGCACUGGGUGUACAGUUGGAAAAGGGGACGAGUUUUCCAAUACCAUCUGCCCUUUAUGCGUAAAGGAAGCGCGAAACGCAUUCGAAAUAAAGCGUACGUACGAGAAGAGCUAUAAAUUCUAUUGCGAGUUAAGUAAGAACUUGCUGGAAAAGGACUCACUGGAGGAAGAAGUGUGCCAUGAAUCAAAAAGUUGUGAAGCACCCUUUUCGAGUCUUUGCCCAGUUAAGGAGGAAGUUAUUGAAGAUUUUGAAGGGCCGGCACUUGAAGACAAAUACGCAGUACAGAACGAUACACUUGAGCAUUCUAUAGGGGAACACCUUCGGUUCGAUUGUGAUGUGAAGAUCGAGGAAAUGGGCGAUGAAUGUUUAGAAUUUAAUGAUUCAAAAAUUGAUGUAGACUAUAAUUAUGAAUGGCAGAGACAUGAUUAUAACGAUUAUGUCGACGAAAAUGAUGAUCCUAACGAUGAUGGAGAUUUUGAAGAUGAACAACAGGAAGAUGUUGAUUCUAAAGGUAAACGACAAAAACGACGGAAAAAUGUUUAUUCUGACGAUGAUUCUGACUAUGAAGAUAAAUCGCAUGGAAGUGAUGAAGACUCUUGUGACUCUUAUAAUAGUGACGAUAAUAAUAACAAUGGUCAUAAAUGCUCUACUUGUGAAAAGACUUUCCGGUCGAAAUCAAGUCUUGAGGCACACAUGGAAACCCACGCGGAAAAACAACCACUCAAAUGCACCGAAUGUUCAAUGUCAUUUCUAUAUAAAUCACUUCUUAAGAUACACAUGAAUUCCCAUUCAAAAGAAAAACCUUUCAAAUGUACGGACUGCUCAAAGAACUUUAAAAGUAAAGGAUAUCUCAAGAAACACAUGAAAAUACAUACAGAAGAACAGGAGUUUAAGUGUACCCACUGUCCACAGAUUUUCACAAAUAAGACAGAUUUCAAGGUACACUAUAAGACACACUCAGUAGAACGAGCAUUUAAGUGCACCUCCUGCCCAAUGACUUAUAAGAAGAAUUCACAUCUUCAGUCCCACUUACGAACUCACAGCGAAGGAGAAACUAACAAAAGCAGUCUUCAGGAGCCCAUGCAAACCCAAACAGGAGAACGAGCACACAAGUGUACUUACUGCUCAAACACUUUUAUAUCGAAUUCAAGUCUUCAGGUGCACUUGCGAUACCACACUGGCGAACGACCUUUUAACUGUACCGACUGCACAAAGACUUUCACAAUUAAAUCACAUCUUCAGUCACAUCUAAGAACCCACACAGGGGAACGGCCAUAUAAGUGUUCCCAGUGUUCUAAGGCUUUUGCCCAGAAUUCAUCUCUUCAAAAACACUUAACAACGCACUCUGGAAAACGAGCGUUCAAGUGUACAAUAUGCUCAAAAACUUAUACACGAAGUUCAGGUCUGCAGCGACACUUUCGACGAGCCCACUCCGAAGAAGGAUCGUUCAGCUGCACCCAUUGCUCAAAGACUUUUGUCCAGGACUCAACUCUUCAGCGACACUUGCGAACUCACAAAGAAUAAUUGCACUUUAGAAAUAUGUCCAUAAUUUAUAUGAAAAAAAAAAAUUUUCGGUUUACGAAGAUUUGGAAAUACAAUUGACCAUUAGGUCUUGAACAUUA